AUGGACCCCACCCAUCCCACUAGCCGUAUAGUGGACCCCACCCUUCACGGCCGUAUAGUGGACCCCACCCUUCACUGCCGCUACAGUGGACCCCACCCUUCACCUUGGCCGUAUAGUGGAAACCCCACCCUCCCACUGCCUGGACCCACCCUCCACUGCCGUAUAGUGGACCCCACCCUUCACUGCCGCCGUACAGUGGACCCCACCCUUCCACUGCCGUAUAGUGGACGCCCAGCCUUCACGGCCGUUUAUAGUGGACCCCACCCCCCUCCACUGCCGUUACAGUGGGACCCCACCCUUCACUGCCCGUAUAGUGGACCCCAGCCUCACUGCCGCUUUAUAGUGGACCCCACCUUCACUUGCCGUGGACCCCCACCCGUCCACUGCCCCGUUAUAGUGGACCCCACCCUUCACUUGGCGCGUAUAGUGGACCCCCACCCUUCCAAUGCCGUUAUAGUGGACCCCAGCCUUCACUGCCGUUAUAUGACCCCCACCCAUCACUGUCGUAUAGUGGACCCCACCUUCACUGUCGUUAUAGUGGACCCCACCUCCACUUGCCGUUAUAGUGGACCCCAACCCUCCACUGUCGGUGGCACCCCACCCUCCACUGCCGUUACGGAGUGUGACCCCACCCUCCACUGUCUGGACCCCACCCUUCACUUGCCGUAUAGUGGAACCCCACCCUUCACUGCCGGUAUAGUGGACCCCACCCUUCACUGUCCCGUUAUAGUGGACCCCACCCUUCACUGUCGUAUAGUGGACCCCACGCCUUCACUGUCGAUCCCUAACAAGUUUGUUCAUUGCGGGAAGAGUCCUUCUGGGGAACCAGACCCAGAGAAGAGUCUUUCAGGAGAACCAGACCCAGAGACGGGUCCUUCAAGGGAACCAGACCCAAAGAAGAGUCAAUCAGGGGAACCAGACCCAGAGACAUCCAAACCAACAGGACUAUACCACUGUUCCCUCUGUGGAAAGAGUUUUACUAAGUUACAGAACCUAAGAGUGCAUGAGAGGACACACACAGGAGAAARGCCUUUCCACUGCUCUCAGUGUGGAAAGAGGUUUACCCGUUUAGAGAACCUGAAACAGCACGAUAGAAUACACAGAGGGGAGAAGCCUUACCAUUGUUCCCAUUGUGGAAAGAGCUUUAGGUCGUUAGGCACCCUGACAACGCAUGAGAGAAUACACACAGGAGAGAUGCCUUACCACUGUUCCCACUGUGGAGAGGGUUUUAGGUGGUCAGGGAGCCUGAAAACACAUGAAAGGACACACACACAAGAAAAGCCCUACCAAUGCUCCCUGUGUGGAAAGAGAUUUACAGAGUUAGGGUCCCUGAAAAUACAUAAUAGAAUACACACAGGAGAGAAGCCUUAUUACUGCUCCCAAUGUGGAAUAMAUUUUACCUGGUUGGCGAGCCUGAAAACACAUGAGAGAAUACAUACAGGAGAAAGGUCUUACCACUGUUCCCACUGUGGAAAGAGCUUUAGUGGGUUAGUGAACCUGAAACAGCAUGAGAGAGUGCACACAGGAGAGAAGCCAUACCAAUGCACCCUGUGUGGAAAGCAUUUUAGCCAUUUGGGGAACCUAAAAGAGCAUGAGAGGACACACACACAAGAAAAGCCCUACCAAUGCUCUCUGUGCGGAAAGAGUUUUACCAAGUUAGUUGGCCUGAAUAAGSAUGACAGGACACACACAGGAGGAGAUAAGACCUACCACUGCUCCCAGUGUGGAAAGACAUUUACCCRGUUAAGGUACCUGAAAGAGCAUGAAACAAUACAUACAAAUACACWSGAGRAGAAGACAUACCACUGCUCUMAUUGUGGAAAGACAUUUUCCCAGUCAGAGGACCUGAAAUCACAUGAGAGAAUAGAGAGRCUGUGUUCUGACUUAUGUUUUUGACAGAGAAUUUGUGUUUUUGUUUAUGCCACAUGAACGCUUACUUAAUUAAAAAUAGGCUUACAGUGGCAAGAAAAAGUAUGUGAACCCUUUGGGAAAUACCUUGAUUUCUGCAUAAAUUGGUCAUAAAAUU